UUACUGGGCAACUGGGCAACUGAGCAACUGACAGUCCUCCAAAGGCGGGGAAGGACAAGCUGGGCUCUCCGAUAGGUGCGGAGCUCAACACCAUCAAUCCAUCGUAUUCCACUUCGACUCUCACUCUCUCACUCACUUAUCUGUCUGCCUAUCUCCCACAACAAUAUCUACACGCUCACUCCCCUCUUUUUCAUGCUUUGAUCUAUUAUUCUCAUCUAACGAUACCCCUGUGAGCGACAUCUUUCUACAUUUCAGUUUUCACAAUGUCGGACGACGAUGAUUUCAUGCAAGACUCCGGUGACGAGGAAUAUGACUUUGAAUACGAAGAUGAAGACGACGAUGACUCGGGCGAUGUCGGGAUCGAGAACAAAUACUAUAAUGCCAAACAAAUGAAGAUAGACAACCCGGAGGAGGCGAUCGACGAGUUCUUGGGGGUUCCGGCACUGGAGCAAGAUAAAGGCGACUGGGGAUUCAAAGGGCUGAAGCAAGCUAUCAAGUUGGAAUUCAGACUUGGACGAUACAGUGAGGCGGUUGAGCAUUACAGGGAACUCCUCACCUACGUCAAAUCGGCCGUUACCCGGAACUACUCGGAAAAGUCGAUCAACAACAUGCUGGAUUACAUCGAGAAGGGCUCCGACGACGAAAAGGCAUACCAGUGCAUGGAGGAAUUCUACUCGUUGACACUCCGAUCGUUCCAGAACACGAACAAUGAGCGGUUAUGGCUGAAGACCAACAUCAAGUUGGCCCGACUAUGGCUCGAGCGCAAGGAAUACAGCCAACUCAGCAAGAAGGUACGGGAGCUGCACAAGGCCUGUCAGCGGGAAGACGGGACCGACGACCCCAGCAAAGGCACCUACCUCCUCGAACUAUACGCCCUCGAGAUCCAAAUGUACGCCGAGACGAAGAACAACAAACGUCUCAAGGCGCUCUACCAACGGGCCCUGCGCGUUCGGUCGGCUGUGCCGCACCCGAAGAUCAUGGGCAUCAUCCGCGAGUGCGGUGGGAAGAUGCACAUGAGCGAGGAGAACUGGGAGGAGGCGCAGAGCGACUUCUUUGAGUCGUUCCGGAAUUACGACGAGGCGGGCUCCAUGCAGCGGAUCCAGGUGCUCAAGUACCUCGUGCUGACGACGAUGCUCAUGAAAUCGGACAUCAACCCCUUCUACUCACAGGAGACGAAGCCGUACAAGAACGACCCCCGCAUCUCUGCCAUGACCGAUCUCGUGGACGCGUUCCAACGGGAUGACAUCCACGCCUACGAGGCGAUCCUCAGCAAGAACCCGGAUGUGCUCGCGGACCCGUUCAUCGCAGAGAACAUCGACGAAGUCAGCCGCAACAUGCGGGUCCGGGCGGUGUUGAAGCUGAUCGCCCCAUACACGCGGUUCACACUCCAGUUCAUCUCGAAACACAUCCGCAUCACCGUGCCCGAGGCGCAGGACAUCGUGAGCUUCCUGAUCCUGGACAAGAAGCUGAACGCGCAAAUCGACCAGGAGCACGGAACGGUGGAGGUGGAGAGCACCAGCGCCGGCGAUCUCGAGCGUCUCCGGGCCCUUCAGGAAUGGAACGCGUCGCUGCGCGCGCUGUGGCAGGCGACGCUGAACGACGGUGAGGGGUUCAAAGAGGACAGCGGGCAGCUCCACGGGAUGCGAAGCACAGGAGGGCUGACCGGCGGCGGGCCUACGUUCCAGUCCGACACUCCGUUGGUUGGGGGUCGUCAACGUCGAACGCGGGGAGGGCCAGGAGGCGUGGGCUGGAGGGGGAAAGCGGCUGCUCAGCGCCAUGGGGUGGAUGGAGCUUAGAUGCAGGUGUUUCGGAUACCGACAUGUUAUUACACCGUAUAAUAUUCCUAAUAGACCGAGGGAGCGAGUCGAUGCUACUGUGCAAAGUACGUAGCUUGUCCGUCUCAACCAUGGAUCCUGCAACGAUGCCCACGGGCGAUACUUCAAGCUCCCUGGCAGUCUUAGUCCGCUCGCCCUAAGGCUGGAAGGCCAAUGCACACGGCACAAUUUACGAGUACCAUCCUACGCUCCGUACCAGGGCAUCCUCUCAUCCCAUCCCCGUCACCAAGGCGGGAACGGGACCCUUCCGAUUCCUCCAUGAUCCAC